AUGCAUUUCAUACCAUCAGUUCACUGUCUGUUGUGUAAGAAGCAUGAUGUCAGCAAGGCAUUGGCUGCAAAAUACAAGAAAGGACAUCACAAAAGGUGUCCUAAUAAGAAAGAGAAUGUUCAAAAGUAUCAGCAACAACAGAGCAGGUUUGCAUGGCAUGCAUCACAACCAGCGGCGGCAACAGCAGCAGCAUCUGAUGUCACCACUGCAUUGGCAUAUACAAGGGAGAGUGAAGUCCGCAUGGGCACUUUGAAAGGCGUCCCGAAUUGGAUGCUUGACAAUGUCAAGACUGCCAAUGAGCUUGAUGACGACAAUGAUGAAGACUCCCACGAUGCUUCUGAUUUUGUCCAAGACUUGCGUCACUGCAUUGACAAAGCCAUGUCAACUGCCAAUGACCAAGACUCUUCCUUCAAUUUUGCUUUCUCAUGCAAAGCCCCACCUGCCAUUGUCAUUGCAAUUCAUAAUAUCAGUGAACAGUUUGGCCAUAGACAACCUCCGAGUACAUCUGCAACACUACCAAUGACUCCAGAUUUGUGA